AUGACCAACUACAUCACUACCUUUGUCAAUCAAGAAAGCUUGAAAAGCAUCAGCUUUCCCAAGUUACCUCGAAUGAGUGCCAUCACUCAACAACAACAAGAACAACCAGUUCAAGAAACCAUCAUUACCGGUUUGGUUUGUGCAGUCGCAAUCGUGUUACUUCGGUACAUGGUACUCGACACUUACCGAACCUAUCAGAGACUUUGCAGGCAAUGGAACAGGCGACAGCCUCCUGUUUCCAUCCUUCGUCGUCCAGAAGGCGGGUCUCGCAAGAAAAACCGAAGUUGGUUUGGUGUGUUCAUCAGAAAACCAAAUCGUGUCCGUUUCGCCAAAAUCUUUCGUCGAACCUUCGUCCCAAACAAGCACGAGCUACAAUCUCGCAGGGAAUGCUGGGGUCUGAUUCAAUGGCGCAUUCAACUUCACGACGAAGUACUUCCAGAGAUAGAGAACACAGUGAGAUUCGUUCCACACACUCCUGUGUCCAUUCUUCGUCCUUCAAGACAAGAUUGGGGAUCACCCAAACCAACCUCUUCAAUCCGAGUCCAUUUCGCCCCUAAGACUCGAAGAAGAAACUUCCUUCCCGACGAGCAAGAUCUUCAGUCCCGAAGGCAGCUAGUUCGUCAAAUUGACCGCAAGAUCAAGAGACGGAAUGCCCGGCGCUGGAAGAUCGAUUUCAAACGUACCGUGCUUGCCACCAUUGUCGAAGAUCCAGCAGAAGAAGAUUUGAGCAACAUUGACUCGUCUUUGGAUACUGGAUUUAUUGAUGGCAAAGUCGACUCUGAAAUCAUUGCUAUUGCGCUCGAGAACCACCGACAAAUGCUUCCAACGGUCCUUCAUGACAUGCUCUCCAAUAUUCCUGUACCAAUGGAUUUGGAUGACGACGACAACAACAACAAGCCCUGCAUGGAAGAACAAGCACCAUUGUCACUUAAGCGAAUCGCAACUUCCUGCCUUAUUUCAUCCAGACCCACCAAGCGUCGCAAAAUGAAUUCAUCCUCUACGGUUCCAACUUGCGCUGCAACAUGGGCCAAACGAACCAAUGAACUCUUCACUCCUUUGCUACCUGUCAUUAUCGAAGAUCCAGAAGAAGACGGCGACGAGAGCCACAUUGAAUCGUCUUUGGAUGCUGGAUUCAACGAUGACAUCGCCAAUGAACCAUCGACUCGUCUUGCCAAGGUUGCGCUCGAGAACCACCGACAAAUGCUUCCAACGGUCCUUCAUGACAUGCUCUCCAAUAUUCCUGUACCAAUGGAUUUGGAUGACGACGACAACAACAACAAGCCCUGCAUGGAAGAACAAGCACCAUUGUCACUUAAGCGAAUCGCAACUUCCUGCCUUAUUUCAUCCAGACCCACCAAGCGUCGCAAAAUGAAUUCAUCCUCUACGGUUCCAACUUGCGCUGCAACAUGGGCCAAACGAACCAAUGAACUCUUCACUCCUUUGCUACCUGUCAUUAUCGAAGAUCCAGAAGAAGACGGCGACGAGAGCCACAUUGAAUCGUCUUUGGAUGCUGGAUUCAACGAUGAUAUCGCCAAUGAACCAUCGACUCGUCUUGCCAAAGCUGACGCUAUUUGGGUCAACAAGUCCGAGGAGAUCUUGGCCGAGAAGGCGAAUUUGAACAAGAUGACCAAGGCCGAAAGAGCCAAGUGGGCAAACAAGGCAAGGGCCAGAAGAAGCAAGGGCCAGAAGGAGAUCGAUUUUGAACCAACGCUUCUUGUCAUUAUUGAAGAUCCAAUAAAGGAGGAGGAAGAAGACGAAGUCGACGACGUGAACGAGAAGAAGGAAUUCAAACCUUCCCUUCAUGUCAUCAUCGAAGAUCCAGAGGGAGAAGACUUGAGUACCAUCGACGAGUCGCCUUUGGAUGCUGCAUUGAUUAAUGACGACUUCGAUUCUUUGGAAGAUGGUAGCGAUGGCGAGAUUUUUGCAGCACCAACCGAGCAAUCUGACAACGCACGUACUACUGAUAUUCCUUCUGAUGGAAUGGGAUCUGGAUGGACCGAAUCUGGAAAGCGCUACAGUCGACGACUACAGCUCAAGCUUUCGCCAGAGAAGAAGGAUCCUUCUACUGAAGCUUUGGGAUCUGACAUGACGAAAAAAGGACGACGAUACAGUCGCCGCGUGGUAAAUCGAGGAAAAGGUGCCAAUUAA